AUGGAGACCAGUUCAAAAAGUGACCAAGAUCAUGACCAAGUAGAGAUAUACGAUAAAGAUGACCCUAAUGGUGUCAAUAACCACCUGAAAUUAUUCCUUAAGUCUAAUAUUCUGAAUUAUGGAGAUGAGGAAUCCUUUGCAUUCCAGCAACUUUAUGAUGAAGAGUCUAUCCUCAGACAACUGAUGAAUGAGCUAGAUGAGAGCUAUAGCUGUGAUUCUAAAGAUAAAGAUGCAGAUAACCCUAAAUCUGAAACUAUUAAGAGAUCUUAUAAUGCUCUAAUCUCUCUUCAUGAUUUACAAAGCAAAAUUAAACCGGUAAAAGAUGUUCAGCACAUUAAAACAAGAAUAAAGGAACUAAACCAGGGAAUUUACAACUUAACUACUAAAGAAAGCCAAUUUAUUCAAAAAGAAAGAGCAUUGAUUGAAGAUCUUUUUGCUCAAACAGAUGAAUUCCUGGUGGAUCUUACCAUUAAAUAUUUUAAUAAUUUAAAAAUUCUCAAGCAACUAGAAAAGGAGAAAAGGAUUUAUGUAGGCAAAAAGCUUGAUCUGCAAAAGAGACUGAUUGAGAGAUCAGAACAAAUUCUCAAGUUCUCCUCAAUGGUAUACUUCGAGAGUAACAAGGCCAUUUCUAUUAAAAAGAUCUCACAUAAUAAUGCUCAAUUUUCAAGAUGUGAGAAAGCACUAAAGGAUAACUCGUUUAAAGAUGAUAAGAAAAUAUGAGACUUUAAAUUGAUUGAAGCUUACAGAAUCGAGAAUACGAUCAAACUUGAAGAGUUUGAUGCCAAACUGGCUCAGCAUAGCAACGGAAUUCUAAAAGGUCUCUUCUCAGUCAUUGACUGGGACCAAGUUCCUAAUUUAGCAGUGUAUGGAAUCUCUGAAAAAUAAAAGCCAAGAAUACUAUGAGCAGAAUAUCCUAAGAAUUCCGCAAAACUUGAUAUCCUCAUGAAAUCUCCCUGAAAUAGUUGGGCCAAUGCUGAAAGACUCCCAAGAAGUAGAGUUACCUUUUCACACUUCGAUCUAUUCAACUUCUAAGUUGCUGUCUAAAUAAACUAGAGGAGUCUCCUCCAGAUAUUGGAGAAUGUUACUAUUUGCUCCUUUCCCGUGCAAUAGUGUGAAACAACAACUCAAAAAAUUCUGUGAAAAGAAAGAAAUCAGCGAAGUCAAGCCAAAAAUCGCCAAGCCAAACAACUGAGAAAGAGUCUGAAGGAGAGAAAUUACAGGUUGAUUACGAUCCAAAGGAAGGCUUAUAUACACACUAUACAUAUGAAACUGUCUAUCCAGAGUACAUUUUGAUUGUAGAGCCAAACCCGAAUCCUACUACACCAGAUUUCUUAGAAACAUGAGAUGUGAAGAUAAAUGAACUGCAGACUCAGAAUGCAGAUCUUAAGACUCUCCUCAGAAGUCACAAGAACAAUUUUUGGAAAACUGUGAAAACUAAUGUACAAACCUAUCUCCAUCCAGAAAUCUUGGAAGAGAGAGCAUCGAUGAUGAAGACUUUGAAAACACAGUUGAGUAUAAAUAAAAAGGAACUUGAACAACAAAAAGUGUUCACUGGAGAUUUAACCAGCAUUCAAGGAUCUAGAAAGAAUGGCUAAGGUAUUAAAUCUCCACUCAUAGAGAACAACGAUAGCCCCAGAAUCCACUCAGGAUAUAUCUAUCUUUGUAGAAUUUCAAUCUUUGCAAAC